ACCUGAAUACAAAACAGACCCAAAUAAUAAAGCGUCCAACUAGACUAAUAUGUGUCUUGUAUCACUUUUAAAAUGUCAGCUAUAAAUUAUUGUGGCAAUAAUAUGUUGGCUUUAAUCAUAUUUAAUGUCUCGUAAGCAGAAAAUCCCUCAAAUGGUUAAAAUCACAGCUGCCUACAGUGGGAGAAAUAAUUAUUUAAUCCUCUGCUGAUUUGCAUUACAAAUCACAUUGAUUUACAUGUCAUUGAGUGAAAUAAGUAUUUGAUCCCACAACCAAAACAUGACUUAGUAGUUGGUGGAGAAACCUUUGUGGGCAAGCACAGAAGUAUGAUGUUUCUAGUAGUUGGUCACCAGGUUUGCACACAUUUUAAAACGAAUUUUACACAAACUCACAAAACCCUUUUAGGUUUCUUGGUUAGCACUUGGUAACUCAAAGUUUCAGCUCCUUCCACAGACUUUCUAGAGGAUUGGAGGAGACUAGAAAGUCUGUGGAAGGAGACUGGCUAGGCCAUCCCCUGACCUUAACAAAUGUAUUCUUUAACACAUUCCUUUGUUGACUUGGUUGUAUGUUAUGGGGUCAUUGGAAGACCCAUCCAUGACCCAUCUUCAGUGUUCUGGCUAAUGGAAUGAGGUUCUCGUCCCAAGAUUUUAUUGUAGCUUUUUGUGUCUAUUGCCCCCGUGACGUUUUGAAAUUGUCUUGUAGCCUUAGCAGUAAAACAGCCCAUAAUGUAAGUAAAACAGCAACAUAAUGUUUCCACAUGUUGUUUCUGUGAAGGUUCUCAGUCAUCCAGGUCAGGAGCUUGGAAAGAAAAGUGUCUGGACUUCUUGAAGUUGCUUGAAGACAUUUCACCUCUCAUCCGAGAAGUCCAGACGCUUUUAUUUCCACUUGUUCUUUGGGUCAUACUUGAUUUUUGGUUUCAUUUGGCCACAGCACUUUCUCCCAAGCAUCUCUGAAUCAUUUAGAUGUUUCUUGGCAAACUUAAGAUGGUGAUGCUGAAAGACUUUUGUCCCUGUUACAACUUAGUGUGUCCCAAUAAUCUUUGUUUUUGGGUUUUCCUCCACCUUACUCUUGAUUAUUCUCACCCGAUGAGUCAAGAUAUUGCAUGGAGCAAAAGAUCCAGGCUGAUUGGUGGUCAUUUUAUAUUAUUUAUUAUAUUUCAUUCAUAAUUGCACCAAGGGUUGUCACCUUCCCAUCAAGGUUUUUGCAUUUGUUCUGGUAGCCCAUUCUUCAGCUCUUUGGUCUUGUCCACAGUGGUGGAGAGGUUGGAAUGAAAGAAAUGGAUGCUGUUGAUAGGUGUGCUUUAUACACAUCAGGAGAUGAGAUCAGGAGUGUCUGUAGUUAAUGGAAUGUAAUUUGUGUGCCACACAUGGGGAACCAGAAUCUGUGCCGGCCAGAAUUUUGGGUUCUGAAUUCUGGCUCGAUUGUAGGGGAUCAAAUACUUACUGCAUUUAAUAACAUGCAAAUCAAUUUUAUAAGUUUUUUGUAAUGGUUUUUUUUCUUGAUUUUUGGCUGAUAUUCAGUCUCUCUCCAUUAAAACGAAACUACCCAAAAAAUUAGAGACUGUUAAUUUCUUUGUAAGUGCGCAAAAUUACAAAUUCAGCAGGGGAUCAAAUAAUUAUAUUCCCCACUAUGCAUGCCUUUUGGUCCAGUUGCACCAGUAACAGCAUGUGAGUGGCAUGUUUAAUUAUCUCUAUCUAAUCACUUUAAGCUCUGCUCAACUUCUUAGAGUAAUGCUUAUCAAGAUGGCCCUCUGGAGUGAGAUCACUGGAAAGAGUCUGGGAAGGAAUUGUGGCAUCAUAAAAUGGCAGCGGCGACAUGCGGGAUCACUUUCAAGUUUCUCUAGUAGCGCUCGGCAGGAGUCUACCCUAACAUACUUCUGGCUGAGCCAUGUCUAUUUCAGGUCUACAAUGACGAGUGUGGACAUGUUUCUGUUAGUUGUGAUCACACUGGUCCUCCCCUGUUCAAGCUUAGAAGGUGAGGGCGGUGUGAGAAAUGAAUGUUUAUGUGACGGAUCAUCCUGCAGCAGUGGGGACCGAUGCUUUGGUCAGGAGUGCUUCAGCUCUCUCGCGAUGAUAAACGGGACAUCAGUCGUUCGUAAAGGCUGCAUUUUGGGGGACGAAGACCGAUCCUUGAGCUGCAGAUCCACACCAACUCCUCAGCUGGUGGUGAAGUGCUGCUAUGGGCAUUUGUGUAAUAUGAACAUCUCCCUUAACUUCCCACUAAAAGAUGUACAACUGUCUGCUGGCAGACCAGUCCUCAGAGACCAAGAGUGUGUAUGCGAGGGCGGUGUGUGUGAGCAUGGCCAUCGCUGCACAGGCCAGCACUGUUUCGCCGCUCUGAAGAUGAUUGAUGGGGCAGCCGUCCAACAGAAGGGCUGCCUGAGGGACGACGAGGAGGGCAAAGCCACCUGUGCCAUGCCACCCUCAUCGGCCCAUGUUGUCAAGUGCUGCCAGGGCCAUCUGUGUAACAUGAACGUCACUGUGCAAGCCCCAGGGAAAGGUACAGUAGUCCAGAGUAAGUCCCCGAGCAAAGAGGAGCAUGAGUGCGUGUGCGAGGGUCAUUCAUGUGGAACACAGAAUCGCUGCUUGGGCUACCAGUGUUUCUCAUCUCUGGCAGUCAGUGGCGGCAUCAUAAUGUCCCAAAAAGGCUGCUUUAAGGUCUUAGAACAGAGCACGAUGACCUGCAAGACCCCGCCUUCCACAGACCAGAUAGUCUACUGCUGCCAGGGACACCUGUGUAAUAUGAACAUAACUGUGGAGCUCCCUGUCAAAGCUGAUGAGCAAUCCAACUACAGUGUGACCACACUAGCUGUUGUCAUCGUGGCACCCAUCAUUGUCCUCAUCAUCCUCUCUGCUGUCGCUAUCCUGGUGUUCAGAAGGAUCCACCACAACCAAAUGGAGAGGCUAACCUCCCGAGAUGCUGAAUAUGGAACUAUUGAUGGCCUUAUAGCUUCUAAUGUGGGGGAGAGCACUCUAGCGGAUUUGCUGGAUCAUUCCUGCACUUCAGGAAGUGGCUCAGGACUCCCUUUCCUUGUUCAGAGAACUGUUGCACGACAAAUCACACUAAAUGAGUGUGUGGGCAAGGGCCGUUAUGGUGAAGUGUGGAGGGGCCAGUGGCAGGGAGAGAAUGUCGCAGUUAAAAUUUUCUCCUCUCGAGAUGAAAAGUCUUGGUUCAGAGAGACUGAAAUCUACAACACUGUGCUGCUGAGACAUGAAAACAUCUUGGGCUUCAUCGGUUCAGACAUGACCUCGAGGAACUCCAGCACCCAGCUGUGGCUCAUCACUCACUUUCACGAGAUGGGCUCCUUGUACGAUUACCUUCAGCUCAACACCCUCGACGCAAACAGCUGCCUCCGGAUGGCGCUCUCCAUUGCGAGCGGUCUGGCGCAUUUACAUGUCGAGAUCUUUGGCACUCAUGGCAAGCCAGCUAUUGCCCACCGAGACCUGAAGAGCAAAAACAUAUUGGUGAAAAAGAACGGACAGUGCAGCAUUGCUGAUCUCGGUCUGGCUGUCAUGCAUUUUCAAGACACAAACGAGUUAGACGUGGGGAACAACCCUAAAGUUGGAACAAAGCGCUACAUGGCCCCUGAAGUGCUCGAUGACUCCAUCCAGAUGGAUUGCUUUGAGUCCUACAAGAGAGUGGACAUUUGGGCCCUGGGCCUCGUCCUGUGGGAGAUCGCCAGGAGGACAGUCAGUAAUGGAAUUGUAGAAGAUUACAAGCCCCCUUUUCAUGACGUGGUCCCAAAUGAUCCGAGUUUUGAAGAUAUGAGGAAAGUUGUGUGUGUGGAUCAGCAGAGACCCAACAUCCCAAACAGAUGGUUUUCAGACCCAACUUUAACCUCCAUGGCUAAACUCAUGAAGGAGUGCUGGUACCAGAAUCCGUCAGCCAGAUUAACGGCGCUGCGCAUCAAAAAGACUCUCACAAAGAUCGACAACUCUCUGGAUAAAAUAAAAACAGACAUUUGAGCCUUCCCCGAGAAGAUGAAGCAGGCAUGUGCUGAGGGCCAUUGAAGAUGUCCGGAGGAUGGACCACCUUAGAGAAAAAUCUCACAAGAUAAAUGACUCAGUAAUUUCAGUGCCCUUAUAGUGGCACAGACUUAUAUUUAUUUUAAAACAUUUGAGGGACAUAUUUUGGCAUCCAAAGAUGGCUUACCAGGCAUUUCCGAGACUGCCGAUGGUCUUAGAAAUGGGAAAAUAUCUAUUUCAACUUUUAUCAUAGGAGCUUGACUAUUAGAAAUGUUCUUCAAGGAAGAAACUUACCAGGGCAUUUGAGUAGGGUUGCUUGUUUUUAGAGGAGCAGAUUUUGUUUGAAAACAUUUUUUAGCUUGGAAAAUGUCUGAACACGGUCAUUUCUUUAUCUCUUUAAUUGUACUGCGUUGUUCUUUUGCAUUACGGUCGAUCCAUUUGGAAAAGAUGUCAACUCGCCGGUUGAACUUGCCUAGUCAGUCAGCAAACUUUGUAACACAGUGAACAUGUCGAGGUGUGUUAUGUCUCACUUUGUGUCCUGUACCACUGUUUACAAUGCUGUCAGAACAGGUUUCUUGGGAUUUUGUUCAGUUCUGUAACAUUUAGUUGUACAGUCAAGUCAGUGGCACCAUCCUUUUCCUGAUAUCGUCCAACUACAAGGUACUCUGUUGCAAACCUUUUGUAUAUCAUCAUUAACUUUACAUUGAAUUAUUUUUAUCUUGUUUUGCUUCUUCAGCUUUACAGAGACAUAUGCUAAAAGAACAAAUACAAUAUCUGCUAGAUGAUGCUGAACUGUAUUCCUCCAGAGGCCUGUAAGUAAGCCUGUAAAGCCUGUAUAUUGUCUUAACGCGUGCAUUGUUGUCUUAAUGCGUGCAUUGUCAAAGUAACUGAAGUCAAACUUUUUUAAUUUCUUUAACAUUUUAUAUCAAUUAGUUAUUUCUAUUAAUUAAAAUGGAAAAAAAAGAAGUAAAUUA